AUUGUACCCAUGCACAACCUCUGAUCUCAGCAGUCGAUCCCUCGUACUGUGUGUGUUCUUGUUAACUCUCCCUCUAUUGAUUACUUUCUUCGGGUCCACCACCGCUAGUUAAUAACAUCAUGAUGCUAAUUAGCAAGCGGCUAAUAAGCAAGCAGUUUUAUCCCGAACCCUAUAUCCCUGGCCAUUACGCAUGUUGCAUUCUUCAGAGCUGAGUUUCAAGAGGCAGAGUUUGGAGGAAACCGCACUGAUUGUGCAAUACCCUACAACACAUAACAGCGUGUUUUUGUCAAACGUACUACUCGGUAUCAGUGGCCAAGAGCAUGCUCUCCUCAUGGCUAAGCAAAAAGUCCAACAACACCCAAGCUCUCAGCCAACCAGAUCAAAUAUCUAAAGCUUCCCGCUCGACAGUGGAACUAACAGGACAUUCAUCACAAUCUGCAAUUCCCAUCACAGACGAUGAUCACAACGAUGUCCACGAACACAUCUGGGAUCCCAGCACAUACUCUACUCAAACUGAACAGGACGUUCUCAGACCAAAUCCAUCGGCUACUAGUACAUCAAGCGACGUGAAGUCGUUGGGACAAUCAACCGAGCCAGCAAAGUUUCUGACACCGCAUGAUGACAUUCUCGCCGAACUCCAGGGAUACUUGCCCUCGAGUGGUCCUCAGGCUGCAGAGCGGUCAUCUCUACGACCGGAUGCUCCCCAAGGAUCUUCCCUCAAUCUUAGCUCAAACGCUGCCGAGAACUCAUUGUUCACAUCCGACUCUUCGCCCAAUCAUGAACCAGCCAGGGAGGUCAUGUAUGAACCGUUCACCGGUCAGAAAUUAUCUGACUAUGUGCCAAUGCCGGUGCGGUCGGGUGCUGACGAUGAACUAUGGUCCCAUCUAUCGCAUAUUCUGGAGCUCCAGAGCGAGAUUUCAAAGAUGCAUGUCGAUAUGGAGAAUGUCGGUUUGCGGACUACGCGGGGUCAUAAUGUACCUGAGCGCGGUGGAAAGGCAGGCACCACCAGGAAGGAGACCGGGAAGAAUAGGAGAAGUGAUACACUCGGAGAAGAGGAAGAUGACAGUGAGAGCGAUGAAGCGACCGAAGGAGAGGAUUCGGAUGACAACGACGAGGUGUUUGGGAAGAGGAAACGGGAUGAAGAAUUCACAAGACUGGCGGAGCGGUUUGCGGAGAGAAAGGUUUCCAUCGACGCUGUCAUGAAUAAGCUGGGCGACCUUUCGAGCACGCUCAAGGCCUUUCAUGCGUUACCCAUUCCAGUACUCGAUAUUGUAUCCACUCGUACCAACACCAUGUCUUCCGAUGCUUCACUAAGCACCGAUCGCGGCACUGGUAUGACCUCUGCGCUUACCUCGACGACAUCAGCUCCCCCUCGUAUGUCAGUACAAGUAACGACGAUCAUAGAUGACUCGCAACACGUGGAUAGCCCAGUGGACGUACAUUUCGCACAAUCCAUUGAUCGCAAUGUUGGGAAGAAGUAAGCUUCUGGAUGUAUCAUAUAGUUCGGGAACAAGUUUUACGAUACAAAUAAAGUUGAGAUAGUUGAUACUGGCUAUAGCUAGCACACUACAUUAAAAUCACAGGUA